AUGACCCCACUCACCCGACCCCCGAGGCCAACGACGGGGUGGCGCGGGGAGCGGCGGCGGCCGCGGCGCUACCGCCGGGAGACUCUGCGCGCCAGCCCAGGAACACGAGGACGGAGAAUUCCAGGCUACACCCAGUCCCCUCCCCUCAUCUCGCUCCCCUCCCCCGUCCCGGGGGCGCGGGGGAGCCCGGGGGGCGCCGACGGCUUGGCAAAGUUGGGCGUGUGUGUGUGCGCGCGCCAGCCGCGAGCUAGCCGGCAGCCGCUGUGGUUCCCCUCGCACUCCCCCUCCGGAGAAUUCCCUGAGAAGGCGGGCGCCGGCUUCGGGCCCGGGAUAGACCUGCGGCGGCGGCGGGAACGGCCACGCACAGACCAUGGAUUUCAAACCGGAGACCUGAAACCUGGAAACUUGAUGCUACUGGACAAGAGAAUAGACAUAUUCAAAGUAAGAAGUGAAACAAAGGAUUUUAAAAAGAAGCUACAGAAAUGUGAGGUGAACCAUCCAAUCUCCUGCUUGGAGUGUCAAAACCUGGCUACUGAUAUUCUGGAGCUGACUGUGGGGAGAGGAUUGGUGAUCUCAGUAUUCAAUCCUCCAAAAAGGAACACAGCUCGCAAAUGCCUUCAUUUUAGCCGGUGAGAUUCAUGUUGGACUUCUGGCCUGCAGAACGGUAAGAUAAUAAAUUUGUUUGUUUUAAGCCACUAUGUUUGUGGUAAUUUUUUAUGGCAGCAAUAUAAAGGUAUAAGUCUUACUGUCUGAUUUGGAGAUUUGCAG